CGGUAGGGCGGAAGAGUGUGCUUGCGGGGCCUGGAGAAGCGCAGGCUGGGGGCCACUGCCUUGUUCUCCCUGUCCAAAGGACGGGCCUGCAGAUAUAUUUCCAAAAGUCUUCCUCGCUCGGCAGUUAGAAAAUUCUCCGUGUCUUACUAGGCCCUUGCUUGCAGCCAGCCGCUGGCCGCCGCCAUAUACGAGCUCCUGCCCCUGUGGUGAUCAAAAGCGGGUUCUCCCGCGACUCCGCCCCUUUCCUUUUCCCUUUCCGGACUUGGAAGGCCAGCCUUAGCGGCGCAAAACCAUAAAGAUAAGCGACUGGAAAGUCUCUUCAAAGUCUCGCGAUACUAGUUGUGUCUUGUCGCGGGCUGGAGCGGGUGUGUUUGGCUCCCGCUCUGUCAAGAGGCUCUGGCGGCCUCCUCGAUGGUGACUGGAGGGCCAGCGGAGUGGUUCGGCGCUGGGGUAAGCGUGGGUUCCAAUAGGGGUUGCAGGUGCCAUGGCAACUAACUGGAAGAGAGUAUUGGUGAUGUUGCUUGCCUUUCAAGGACUUCUGAUGGCAAGUGCUUAUGAUGAGGAAGAUGUACCUGAAGAAUGGAUUCUCCUCCAGGUAGUUCAAGGUCAGAUUGGUGCUGGAAACUACAGCUAUUUAUGGCUACAUCAUGAAGGAAAGAUUGUGCUUCAAAUGCAGAGUUUAAAAGGUGAUGCAGACUUGUAUGUAUCUGAUGUGACUCUUCGCCCCAGUUUUGAUGAUUAUGAAUUGCAGUCUGUAACUUGUGGCCAAGAUGUGGUUCGUGUGCCAGCGCACUUCCGCCGACCAGUGGGAAUAGGGAUUUAUGGUCAUCCCUCUCACCAGGAAAGUGAAUUUGAAAUGAAACUAUACUUCGAUCAAACAGUUGUAGCGUAUCAAUUUGGUGGUGGUUCCUACAAUCCAGAAGAUAUUGAGAUGAGCCGGAAGCAGUUUCAUUCAACAGAAGACGAAUCUCAGGAUGAAGAAUCAGUCUUCUGGACUAUAUUGAUUGGAAUACUGAAACUAAUACUUGAAAUGCUUUUUUAAAUUUAUAUUUAAACACAACUGGUCUUCAAGUGUGGACAGUCUGUAAAAUUGAAUGAAUGCUUUUCUGUGAGCAUUAGUACUGACACUUUCUAUGCUGGGGAGGAAAAAUAAAGCCAUAAUUAAUUUUGUAUUGUAAGUUUCCCCCAGAGCUACACUGUAGCAUGCACAGUAUUUGUACAGUUUUCCCUUGACUGAUAAGGGUCUAAUCUGAAUCAAUGUUGCAGUUUACUGUAACUGAAUAAAACUUAUUUUCUUUACAAA